GUGUGUGUGUGUGUGUGUGUGAGAGUGUGAGUGAGUGAGUGAGAGAGAGAGAGAGAGAGAGAGAGAGAGAGAGAGCGAGCGGUGGGUGGGUGUGACGUCAUGGCACGGUGCCCCGUCCAUGUUUGGCGGAGAGGAGAAGUUUGUGCGAGCGCCGACAAACUGUGGACGCCGCCGCCGCUGAGGGGCGACGACUGGAGCCGAGGUGUCCGUCCGUGACUCCGUACGUCGCCACUGGACCCGCCACAGCAAACGGCACACAACUUAAUGUUCCACCCGAGGGGGGCCUCGCUUCAUUUGUCACCAUUCAUAAGUUUCUCUCCAGGCGCCGGCGAGGACCACGACAGCGGGCGCCCCCGGAUCCAUGUGCCGCUCGCGGCAGGAGUAACGCGCGCGGCGUCGUUCCAGCAGCCGCCCCCCCCCCCCCCCCCCCCCCACCCCGGGGUCGACGCUGUUCCGCGGACACAAAGUUCCCAGCGAGUCGGCGGACGGGCUCCCAAGUCCCCAUCGCGGAGAGUCCCGCAUGAACCGCGUCGGGGGGGCGGCGACGAGGGCUCGGGGGCUCCGCCGGCAGAGCCGGGCUUCCGGAUGAGGAUGGUGCCCAGGGGAGGGCGCCUGUUCCUGGCCACUUGCCUCGGCUCGCUCCUGGUCCUCGUGCUGUACUUCCAGAGCGUCACAAAGCCAGAGCCUGUCGUGAAGACUGGCAGCAGACCAGGGAAGAGCAGGAGGAGUCCACUGCAGACCCUCUACAAUGGAGACCAGCUGGAGCUGUUGGCAGCCCAGAGGUCCCUCCACGGCCGCAGGGAGCUGCUGGAGCAGGCGUGUCUGAGCCACACGAGGAAGCGCCGGGUGCUCUCGCCCGAGGAUCUCAAACACCUCAUUGUGGAUGACAAACACAGCCUUAUUUACUGCUACGUUCCCAAGGUCGCCUGUACAAAUUGGAAGCGCGUCCUCAUGGUCCUCACCAGUGAUGGCCGCUACACCGACCCCCUCGCCAUCCCCGCCAACGAGGCGCACGUGGCCGGUAACCUCCGCACAUUGUCUGAAUUCUCGACCCCGGAGAUCAACCGACGCCUCCGCAGCUACCUCAAGUUCGUCUUCGUGCGGGAGCCCUUCGAGAGGCUGGUGUCCGCCUACCGGAACAAGUUCACGCGUCGAUACAACACCGCGUUCCACAAGCGCUACGGGACCAAGAUCAUCCGCCAGCACCGGCCCGACCCGGAGCCCGAGGCGCUGGAGAAAGGGGACAACGUCACUUUCCACGAGUUCGUCCAGUACCUGGUGGAUCCCCGGACCCAGCGGGAGGAGCCUCUGAACGAGCACUGGGAGCGGGUGCACUCCCUCUGCCACCCCUGCCUCAUCCACUACGACGUGGUGGGGAAGUACGAGACCCUGGAGCCGGACGCUCACGCCGUGCUCGGGUUGGCCGGAGUGGAGGGGAUGCUUCAGUUCCCGACGUCCGGCAAGAGCACCAGGACCGACGGCAACAUGGCCGCGCGCUUCUUUAAACAGAUCAGUCCUUUCUACCAGAAGAAGCUGUUCAACCUGUAUCGCAUGGACUUCCUGCUCUUCAACUACUCCACGCCGGAGUAUCUGCGGACUCGGUGAGAGGCGGAGAGCAAGGGACGGAACGUCGGCGCCGCGGAUGGAUCGGUCGUGACAGUUUUUCUUUUCACAUCUCAUUCAUACCUUUUUUUUUUAGUAAUGAUGAUUUUUGCACUUUGCAGUCCAUCACAGACACUGACAUGUCACUACUACUCUCCAACAAAAACUUGACAACGGUUUCAGUGAAAGGAACUUUAUAAGCGGAACCAAAAUUUCUUCCCGCGAAGGAAAAAAAGACGUAAUCUACCAAGAUCAUGUCCCAUUUGCUGCAGAGGGUGUGAAAUGUAUUGUUUUGAUGUUAAGCAGAAGCAGAAGCAGAUGUGAGUGUGUGUGAAAAUGCAGGUCACGCAUUAAUGUCACACGCCUUCACAAACAGCUCCGUCCUGUCGGGGCUUUUAGGUUCUGUUAGAAUCCAGUAUUUAUUAUUUUUUUAAUUGGCCAUUUUUACUCUGUUACUCAGAGUUACUUCUAACUCGAGCGAACCUUUCUCUGUCUGCUCCACGCGGUCGUGGAGUUUUUGGCGGAAUGUGCCUUUACCUUACCCUUUGCUUUGGUGUCCAUGCAGUAAAGGGAAAAAAAAAAAAGUAUUUUUUCCCAUGGCUUGUUUAUCUGAGCCAUAAAUUCAAGUCACACCUCAGAGGAGCGGGUUCUCCUCUCACGUGGGGUCUUACAGGUGAAUGUGCGGAUUGUGAAACUGAACCCGGCAGAUUCGUUUCAAAGCACACCACAGUACAAUGAUCCCUGCAAGGCCUUUUUAUUUAUGUAUGUCAGUGCAUGAAGUAUUUAUUACGGGAACGUGUGGAUUUGGGCUCCUGAUUUUGUGAAAAUGAUUUUUUUUUUUUUUUUUCGUUCGGAGUAAACGUUGACUCCAAUGGAAAGUUACCUGCUAUCUCGGCUUUUCCACGUCAAAGUGAUGCGAAAAGAAAAAAUCCGAGGAACUCUAAACUUCAUCAUAUCACAUGCUUUUUGUAUUUUUGAUCAAACCCGAGUUGAACAACUACACCCCAUCCCAGAUCUUGUCUCGUUUUCCCACAGCGCUCGUCAAUGCCGCCUCAUAUCGCUGAGUCACAUUUCGAGGGGGAAAUCUGCAGUCGCCCCUGAAUGUCUCAAUGCUCCUCUAUCGCUCUAGGUAUUUAGGUCCAGGGGCAGGAAGGCUGAACAAACAGCUGCAUAGCUGUGGUCAGGGCCGGGUCCAGCCCCGCACCGCUCCGGCUCAGAGCUCCCCUUGUUAAGGGGGGCGAGGGCCGGCACGCGAGGGGUUAAUCCACAUGCGGUCAUCGGCGCCGCACUGAGCGGGCCCUGUUCAGCAAACAUCAGUGAAUUCAGGCCGAUUAAAUGUAGGAGGUGUUUUUGAAAUGCCUUAAAGGGAAAGUCCAACAAUAUUACACAUCAAAGUCUGUUCACAAGUGUUGUAUUGAAAAAAGUUAUAUGAAGCCUUUUGUCACUCAAGGCCACGUUAACUGUCAGUGUUUCAGUUGCAUUGUUGGUAGUGUAGGUUCAUAAGAGGGAGGAGAGUGCGUAGGAUAAGAAAAAAGAGGAUAUCUCCGGUUCUGCCGCAUCAAGGUGAUAUCAAUAUAUUUUUAAACUAGUGUAGUUGCUGUAACUAGGCCUCCUGACUCGGAGGUAGUCCGUUUGACUGUGGUCUGUUGUUUCUGUAAAAAAAGGAAGAAAAAGAAAAAAGAAAAGAAUUAAAGUUGUUUAAGGAAAAACACGAGGAAGAAAAUUACUUUAGAGGUUCAUGCAAAAUAAAUAAGUAAACGAAAAAGUGCUGCGGCUUCAUGAAAAAAAUUGUGAAUUUGCACUAAUUACAGGAACAGACAAGAAACAGUGGCUCCAGUGAAUGAGUUCCAGUCAGUGCAGAUCAGCUGAACAUGCAGGAAGUGUGUGUGUGUGUGUGUGUGUGUGUGUGUGUGUGUGUGUGUGUGUGUGUGUGUGUGUGUGUGUGUGUGUGUGUGUGUGUGUGUGUGUGUGUGUGUGUGUGUGUGUGUGUGUGUGUGUGUGUGUGUGUGUGUGUGUGUGUGUGUGUGUGUGUGUGUGUGUGUGUGUUUAGUUUCCAAAUGAUUGAUGAGUAAACGUUUACUGGGGGUUUAAGAGAACCGUCUUAUCAGGGCAAUUCCUCUGAAAAUCUAAAGUAUCACAGAGACCUUCCUCUGUUAGGAUCAAACAGUUUGCCGUAAAUUACAGUUCUUUUGGGAAAAAAACGGUCAGGAAACUAGGGACAUGAAAUAAACUGUUAACUCUCGUCAUCCGCCUACGGACGAUGACAUUUUGAGCACUCACCAUCUUAACAUAACAUUUGCCUUUUUCCCGUAGGGCUUGAGUCCACGUCUGAUACCUGUAAUUGAUUACUCGGAAUCCGCGUUUAAAAAUCCCAGCUGGAUCUUUCGCAGGUCAAAGCGAUGCGACGCCUGCACGGCAAAAAAUAACUUUAUUUUUUUUUACUAAAAUACUAGAGCAAAUACAGUCCGGCCUAGAGCGCAGGUGUAUUGGGACAUAUUGCACAUUGUUCCGACUUUUGCUUAAGCAUAUUUCGUUUGGAAAUAAUGGCUGCUAUAUUAUCAAGUGUCGAGCUUUAAUUUGUGGGAGUCGGAGCCAUUUCGACACGUGCAAAAGUCGAGGUUCAUGCAGUGAAACGCAGCGUUCAUGCUCAUCAUUUUGCGUAGAAUCUUUUGCAGUCAACGAGCGUCCUUCAACUCCAGCUUGUCAAAUCGUGUGUCGACGUCGUGCCCCCCCCCCCCCCCCCUGUUUGUGUCUCCGCAGCGUCUCGUCCCUUGUACUCGUGCUAGUUACUGUUACUCACUCACGAAGAUACCAAUCUGGCCCCCGGAGGAAUUUGGAAACAUUUUCACUGUCGCAACCUCAGAGCAACGAACGUCUCUAUUCUCGCUCCCGUUAAAACUGUCAGGUUGUCAGUGUAAAUGACUGCGCUCGUGCAUGUGAGGACAAGUCGGCGGGCGAAACCGGCUUCGCCUUCCAGAUUUUCCCUUCCAUAAAAUGUCAUUUCUGUCCGACAGGUCCGCACAGGUCCUCUCUGGGACAGGUCCCCCCCCCCGGCAGUCGUUUGCUUUGAAAGGUGCAAUAUCUGUGUGCGAGUAAUGUGUACUGUGUUUUUUAACAAGUGUCUUCUUUUUCUUUCUUUUUUCUUCAUCCAAAGCUUUACACUUUUUUUGCUUAUGCCGCGUCAUUUGUAUCAUCAUCAUUAUCAUUGUUAUAAUUCAUGAUCUCCAAGGAUCCCAGGGGGUUUUCAUUUGGAAUGCUCUCGUGUGUGUGGGAGUCGUGCUCUGCAGGAAGCCGCGACGUGCCAAAACCCAAUCGCGCACCCAUUGUCCUUGUUGUCUCCCUUCCUCUCACUGGCUUGAUGACAAGCUGCACAAAAUACAUGUUUUACCUUUUCCUUUCCCUUUCCGUCUCUCCAUCUCUCCAUCUCUCCCCUGGGAAACACAUGAUGAAAAUAACGAGCAGCUUGCUCCUUUGAAGAGGGAUUCCACAUCCCCAGACGCUGCCGCGCAACGAGCGCGGCUCAGCCGCACGUCUCCGUCUCCGUCUCUCCCCGUUGGCGAGACAUUGUGUAACAGUCUGAAAGAAAUAUCACACACCUGUUUACUUGUGCCAUGAAACUGUGAAUGUGAUGAGUGAAGUGCACUUGCUGACGCGGUGAUGAUUGACUUACUCGGCUGGUUACCUUGAAGCUUCUGCAAAUACAAUCCCCUGAACAGCA